AUGCUGCCCGGUGAGAUCGAGAUGCGCAAAGAGCGUUUGCCAAGGAGCGAGGCUCAGAGAACUCAAUACUUUGGUAUAAACAUAAGGGAACGCAGCGCAUUUUCCGCACGUUUAUUAUUCCUUCGCGGCGCGCUCAGCAAUGAGGAGAUGCAAAGCAUAGGCAUGGAAGGCGUCAGCGAAUCCUUUUCUGUUUUUGCUUUUUGCGGUCGUGAAUAUCUUCUCACCGGACUCGCACGACCACCUGAGAAAGACGGAAAUAUUCAGCGCAGUACUAUCAUUUUUCAUUUAAAUGUCUUCGCGUUAAGGGCGGAAAAUAGCUUAGGCCUUGCGGAUAGCAUGCUACGGCGGACUGUUAGCUGCACUGUUUCUGGGCUUCCUGAGAUGAAUGAUGGGUUUGGAUAUGAUGCAGUCCUGGACAACUCCCAAACCGUGCCGUCAACCCCGCACUUCCCAGACAAUGCCUACCUCGCCUAA